AUGAAGAGGAAACCAUUGAUCACUUAUUUUUUUUGUUGUUUGGAAUUGAAGCAAAUCUGGAUUGGUAUUCUUCAGUGGAUGGGUAUUCAACACAGUCCAAAAAGAUGGAAAGAGGAAAUGCAAUGGGUUCUAAGAAAUUAUGGUGGGAAAGGCUGGAAAUCUAAUCUGUUUAGGCUUGCCCUUACAGAAACUCUUCAUGAGAUCUGGCUUUCUAGAAAUGAAUCAUGUUUUAAUCAAAGAACUGAUAAAAGGAAGUGCCUAGAUAGAAUUAUAAACAACAUAAUGUAUAGAGGGUGGACUAGUCCUAAGCUUAGACCACAUAUAGCUAGGUUGAUUUUACCUUAA